AUGGCCCACAAAAUUAUUGUUCUUGGAGGUGUGAACUGCCAGUUACAAGCCGUGUUCACAAAGCUGGCUAAAUUGCAGGUCAAGCAAAACUUUGCCUUUGCAAUUAUCGUGGGAAAUCUUUUUGGCGACUGCUCUGCAGAGAGUGAGCUAGACGAGAUCUCUGCUUUGCUACAAGGGACCAUCAAUGUACCCCUUCCAACAUAUUUUACGGUUGGUGAUUUGCCGCUCCCAACCCGGAUAGUGGAAAGGAUCGAAGCCAACGAUGAGGUGUGCCCGAAUUUGUACUUCCUUGGCAAGCGAGGCACCCUGAAGACCUCAGAAGGCAUUCGCAUUGCAGCUCUUGGUGGCAAGCUCACAAGCGGUGAUUCACACAAGCCUGAAAGCAAUGCUAGUGGCAGAUUCCAAUCCACAUAUGGCGAGUCUGAUGCCCGUGCGCUCUUCGGCACACACAGCGCCGAUAUUCUUAUUACCAACCAAUGGCCCAAGGGAAUCCGGGUUGGGUCAAAAGCAUCACUCCCGGAAGACCAGAGCCUUUACCCGGCGGAAGUUCAGUGUGUUGCCGAUGUUUGCGCCACUCUAAAGCCUCGCUAUCAUUUCUCCGCAUCCGACGCAUUCUUCUAUGAACGAGAGCCAUUCUUCCACCUGCCGACAGAAGACAGCCCAGAUGUCAAGCCAUUGACACGCUUUAUCUCCAUGGCUUCCUACCAGUCGAAGCAGAAGACGAUGUACGCCUUCUCUUUAGACCCGCAAGCUGCACCGCCGCUUACAGUUCCGGUUGGUGCAACUGCAUCACCCCUUUCCGCGCCUCAAUCCAAGCGUAAGGGACUCCCCAGCCAAGAGCAGUCAUUCCAGCGAUUUGCACCAACAGAGGGCGGUUCCCAUCGCCCAUACAAACGUCAACGCGAGCGCGCUCCACCCCCAGGCCCAGAUCAAUGUUUCUUCUGCCUCUCCAACCCCAACAUCGCCACACAUCUCAUCACUUCUAUUGGCGACGAAAGCUAUCUCACAACAGCCAAAGGUCCUCUUCCACCAAAUGAUUUCUUUUCUUCUCUCGGGUUCCCAGGCCACAUGCUCAUUAUCCCAUUCUCUCACUCCCCAACCCUAAAUUCAAUUCAAGACCCGGAAUCCCGCGCAUCUACAUACAAUGAGAUGCAGCGUUACCGCACUGCUCUACACAAAAUGGUCACAGACCGCUCAGGUGGCAAGCUCGGUGCUGUAACGUGGGAAGUCAGCCGUACGAAUGGAAUUCACACGCACUGGCAAUUCCUCCCAGUGCCAAUUGGUCUGAUCCGUGACGGACUAGUUGACGCAGCAUUCAAGGUCGAAGCUGAAAACCUCAAAUACCCCCGAUUUUCUACCAUCCCAGUGUCAGAAUCAAAGGGUUCCGAGGAACCGGGCGAUUUCUUCCGCCUGUGGAUUUGGAAUGCAGUAGAUGCGGAUGGGUCUGGAGAAGACACAGUAUCAGGAGAAGAGAAAAUGCUCAUGCUGGAGCUUUCGCAAGAUUUCCGUUUCGAUCUCCAAUUCGGUCGCCGUGUAAUGGCAAAGCUUCUCGAAUUGGAUAAGCGGAUGAACUGGAGGGAUGCGACUCAGACCGUUGAGGAGGAAGAGGCUGAUACGGCGGCGUUCAAGGAGGCGUUCCAGAAAUAUGACUUCGCUCUGGAAUGA